UCGUCCUUUUCCCUUCCCUUCUCUUCUCAUGGACGCAGUUCCCUUCACCAUGAAUCCUUCAACUCCAUUUCCAUCUCCCCCCUUCUCAUUUCCACCUUCAAACCCUAACCCUAACCCUAAUUCUUACCCCAGCUUUCACCCAUUUCCUCCUCCCCAGUACUAUCACCACCACCACCACCACGCCUCAACUUUUAUCUCCUCCACCGCGCCUCCGCCUCCGCCGCCUGACCUCACUUCCUCUCUCGCUUCUCUCAAGGAAGUAAUUCGUCUGGCUGAAUCAACUGUUGAUUCCAUAUCUUCUUUUCUCGGCACUGCCAAUGUUGCUACAGCUGACGACAACCUCUCCACUUGCCCUUUCAAUCCUCAUCACCUCGUUCCGCCGGAGUCCCUGUUUCGUCACUCUCUCCAAUGUCCGUCCUCUUCAGCCGUUUUAGAUCUGGAGCUCCUCGGAUCGUUUCGUUAUCACGAAACUCUACAGUCAUCCGAUGAGCUAACCAAACAGAGGAGUUUCGUUCAAGAACUGCCCCCGUCAAAUGCAGACCUAUGUUUCUCCUUCGACGACUAUGGCAACUUCUCGAAUUUCUUCUACCGUGAUUGUCCUGGUGUUGUUAGUUCUAUUCAUGAUGGUAGUUCCGACAGGACCUUUACGUUGCCGCGGGUGUUAUCAGCAGAAUGUGCCAAUUUCUUUGGAAGCGAAGAAAUGGAUGCUAGGUCUUUGUUUGGAGGGGACUGUUUCAGCCUUCUUCCGUCGGAACUGUGUCUCAUUAGGAGGGAAACCGAAAACUGGAAUAAUUAUCCUUCUUUCUAUUCAUAUAGCAUGCUUAGGGUACUUUUAUGUUCAGGAAUGGCUAAUGAACAGAAAUUUUCAAGGUGGGUAAUCAUGAAUUCGCCUCGUUAUGGUGUUGUGAUUGAUGCACCUAUGAGGGACCAUGUAGUCUUGCUAUUCAAACUUUGUUUGAAAGCAAUUGUCAGGGAAGCUGAUGGAUCAGCUGCUUUGCUAUUUGAUUCAGAGCAAAAGCACCUGCAUACAGCUACCAUGAGUUUUAAAUGUCCCAUUCUGGCUGGUGUAAUGACAUGGUUAGGUUAUCAGCUUUCUGUGCUGUAUGGAGAAAUUAAUGGAAAACUUUAUUCAGCUAACAUGCUUAAACAGUGGGUGUUGGACAUUUCUUUGGGCUUAUUAGUCUUUCCUGCUCUCCAAAGAUUAAAAUCAUCUCAAAUGGAUAAAUCUGAGAAGCGGUCACUUGAAAUUCUUGAGGACAAAAUAGAUAAUGUUAGUAUUCUAAAUAAAGAGUCAAUUUUCGUUUCCCAAAUAGCAGCUGCAAUUGCUGCUUUAUUUGAACUAUCUUUGUUUGAUAAAAAAGUCAAGGCACUAAGAACAAGUGGAGGGAUUUCCACCCGCGAAAGAAUGGCUGAGCAUGCAUUUUUGUCACAAAGAGCUGAUGAAGAGCGAAAACGGCGACCAAACUAUAAGCCUGUAAUUGAGCACGACGGGCUACUUUGGAAGCGACAUAAUCAGGACACAAACAAGCUGAAGACACGAGAGGAGUUAUUGGCUGAAGAAAGGGAUUACAAACGCAGAAGGAUGUCUUAUCGUGGAAAGAAGAUGAAGCGCACCACUACACAGGUGAUGAGGGAUAUUAUAGAGGAAUACAUGGGUGAAAUCAAGCAGACAGGUGGCAUUGGUUGUUCCAAGGGAACAGUUGAAGAAAAGGUUUCAUACAAUUCCAUUUCCACAAAUAAUAACCUUCCCGAACAAAAAGAAAAUUCUCGCCGCUCCUCUGAAGUCACUGAUGAAGCAGCAGAUGGUGACAGGAAUUCUUUAAAGCUUGAAGAUAAAGAAAGAUUUAGAGGACGAGCAAGAGAUGAGUAUUCUGAAGCCGAACAUCGUGAGCGUCGUGGGAGGGAUUCAAGUUCGUAUUAUGAUCAUAAAGAAAGAAAGAGAGACCGAGACAGGGAUAGAGAUAGGGAUAAGAAUGAGUCCAGUCAUGAUGUUUUACAUUCUAGAAAGCGUUCUCAAAGCCGAGAAAGAUAUAAACAUGGGAAACAUGAAAGGUCUAGUAGGCAAAAGGAUGAACGAGUUCAUCAUACAUCAAAAACCGAUGAUAGAUCGAGAAGACAUUCGUACAAGGACCGCAGAUUAGAUUAUGAUGUAAACGAAUUUGAAGACAGAUAUAACCCCAUAUGAAGAUUGCUAUUUGUUUGCAGGAAAUCAUCCCCUUUGCUUGAUCAAGGAAUGGUUAAAACUUCAUUGAGGCAUAAGCUGCUCAAGUCUGUAUCCUCCUAUGUAUCCUCCUUUGAAUCUUCUUUUAGUGUUGGUUUACUUAUCUCUUCUUUUUAUUAAAGCGGAACAACAACCUCUAUGUUGAUUUCUUAUCUGACAGGCUUUAUUAAGAAAAUGUGGACAUGACAACUGCAGGCACCAUUUAUGCUAUAUGUAUCCUUAACGUUCUCAUUUUUGUUCAGUAUUUCAAAUUUCUAUGUGCUGCACACACAUAAUCACAUACAACUGCUUUUUGUGGAAUUUGAGGUCUUGGGAUCUAAUUCCUAAUUCAUUCAAACAUGUACAUGUGCAAUUUAUGUUACAAGAUUAUGUUUCCUGCAUCUCAUUGAUGACAGUCUGCUGUACCAUCUGUUUGUUGGAAGAGGAGCUUAGUGGUAUGUCUUUUGGGAUCA